CUCGUACAAAGUUGCGUGAAGUCUGCUCCCAAACGUUUGGAUGGGUGUUGCCUAUAUUACCGUCUGAUGUGUAGUUUCCCUGUUCAGUUUGCGAAGUCGUCUUUAAACUUGAGGUUCGAGUUAUGUCGUUACACGGAAAAGCAGCUCUUGUUACCGGCGCAGCGCAGGGCUUGGGGGAGAGCUUUGCGGAGAUCCUUUUAAAAAAUGGUGCAAAGGUGGCUCUGCUGGACGUAAAUGAAGCGGUGGGGAAGGUUCUGAAGUCUACUUUCGAUAAGGAGUAUGGCCCCGACCGCACUAUGUUCUUAAAAUGCGACGUGAAGUCCGACGAUCAGUUUAAGGACGCAUUCGAGGAGGCCAUCAAGAAGUUCCAGAAGAUCGACAUCGUGUGCAACAAUGCUGGCUUGGUCGAUGAGAAGGACUGGGAAAGGGCACUGGCCACGAACCUGGGUGGUGUUAUAAGGGGCACCAACCUGGCCCUUUCGUACAUGAAGAAACAAAAUGGUGGUCAUGGAGGGGUCAUCAUCAACGUGUCGUCGAUGGCGGGAUUGUUUCCCCUGUUGACCGCUCCGAUCUACACGGCCACCAAAUAUGGAGUGCUGGGCUUCAGCCGCGCUAUCGCUGAUAUGUCCAAGGUUUGCAACUUUGGCGUGAGAAUCAACACUCUAUGUCCGUCUUUCACCGAAACGGCCAUCCUCUCGUCCCUGUAUACUGCGGACACCGUCAAAGAGAGCCCCGGCCUCCAGGAGUUGAACCAGAAGAUAAUAGAUACCACGGGGAUUCUGGAUGUUUCCGUGGUUGGCGAAGCAUUUCUGCAACUGGCGACGGAUGAGAGUAAGAACGGGUCGGUGCUGAUGGUGACCAAGAAACAUACUGGGGACGUGUCGUUCCCCAAGGUCUCCGAGGAUCUUACCAAUCUGGUAUCCGUGCUUCCGGUUUGAGCUCCACCCACGUUCUUCACGAGGAGACGUGAAACGUGUGAGGUGCCAUCGACCACUGCAGGCAUGACCUUCGAUCUUUCUGCUUUCUCUGAUACCUAGUUGAGUAAUCAAAGACCCCUUUUUUUAUAUAGAAUAAGCACACCUUCAGUUCUCAUUUUGCAGCUGAUUAUACUCAGCAGCAGUCACAAGCUGUCGCUUAAAUGCAGCGUUUCUCAAACUUUUUUGUCUUGGGGACCAGUCAUGUCAGGCUUUGGGGCUGCAGGACCCAACAUGCCGCCCCCUAUAGAUAGAUAGUAUUGCUAUUAUUAUUAUUAUUAUUAUUGUUAUUAUUAUUAUUAUUAUACCUGAUCUGACUGAAUUUUGAUUGGUGCACAAGCGAGGCUCCGCGGUCUGGCAGGAAGCCUCUCAUGGACCAGCGCCGGUCCGCAGCCCAUAGUUUGAGAGACGCUGACUUAAUGCACAUUGAGGAAGCUUCUGCAUUAUUUUACGUUACAGAAUGUGCCGAUUUGCUGUUUUGUCUGAUUGUUAGCAGCCUAAUCUGUUCGACGCUCUCAGCGCUGCGCUUCUGCCCAUUCUUGCCCAGCUGCUCCAAAACCGCUUACAAUCCUACCCAGGGCAUUCGUGGGAAGCUCGGCCUACAUGGAAUUAUGUCUGGUUGACUCCUCGAAAGCGUGAAUGUUUUUGUAAUGUGCUGUUUACCUCACUUUGUAUGUCAGUGUAAACAAAAGGAUCUGCUAAAUUAAAAACUAAAAACUUUAA